AUGGGAAACUGGAGCACUGUGACUGAAUUCACCCUAAUUGCCUUCCCAGCUCUCCUGGAGAUUCGAAUAUCUCUCUUCAUGGUUCUUGUGUUAACUUACACAUUAACAGCAACAGGAAACAUCACCAUCAUCUCCCUGAUAUGGAAUGAUCAUCGCCUGCAAACUCCAAUGUACUUCUUCCUCAGUAAUUUGUCCUUUCUGGAUAUCUUAUACACCAUUGUCAUUACCCCAAAGUUGUUAGCCUGCCUCCUAGGAGAAAAGAAAACCAUAUCUUUUGCUGGUUGCAUGAUCCAAACAUAUUUCUACUUCUUUCUGGGGACAGUGGAGUUUAUCCUCUUGGCGGUGAUGUCCUUUGACUGCUACAUGGCUAUCUGCGACCCACUGCACUACACGGUCAUCAUGAACAGCAGGGCCUGCCUUCUGCUGGUUCUGGGAUGCUGGGUGGGAGCCUCUGUGUUGGUUCCAACCAUUGUAGUGACAAGGCUACCUUACUGUGGGAAAGAAAUUGAUCAUUUUUUCUGUGACAUUGCCCCUCUUCUUCAGGUGGCCUGUAUAAAUACUCACUUCAUUGAGAAGAUAAACUUUCUCCUCUCUACCCUUGUCAUCCUGAGCUCCCUGGCAUUCACUACUGGGUCCUACGUGUACAUAAUUUCUACCAUCCUGCGUAUCCCCUCCACCCAGGGCCGUCAGAAAGCUUUUUCUACCUGUGCUUCUCACAUCACUGUUGUCUCCAUUGCCUACGGAAGCAACAUCUUUGUGUAUGUGAGACCCAAUCAGAACUCCUCACUGGAUUAUGACAAGGUGGCCACUGUCCUCAUCACAGUGGUGAUCCCUCUCCUGAACCCUUUUAUCUACAGCUUGAGGAAUGAGAAGGUACAGGAAGUGUUGAGAGAGACAGUGAACAGAAUCAUGACCUAGAUACAAAGGAAAACUUGA